UCUUUUACUUAUAAUAUACACCUCUCUCCGUACUUAGCUCUUUGCAUUGCAUGCCACCAAGCUAGCCUCUUCCAUUUCCAAACCAGACCAAGAAACAAUGAGGAUGAUGAUAGACUUAGGAAGCCAAAGAGGCCCCCUGCAAAUUAUAGAAACAGCUACUUCCGUUGAAUGUGGAAGAGAAGUUCGGUUUCGUCGUUCCUUUCGUUCUUUAGUUGAGUGUAUGGUCCCUUGUUGCGGCUUCCAACAAACAGAUUCAUUCUCCAGUGACACUGACUCCAUAGCCACUCACGCUUCCACUAUAACAGGCACUUUUUUUGGCUACAGAAAAGGCCGCGUCAGCUUUUGUCUACAAGAUGACACACGUAGCUCCCCACUUCUGUUGCUUGAAUUCGCCGUCCCUACAGCUUAUCUCGCCAGAGAGAUGCAGUACGGUCUGCUGAGAAUCGCCCUUGAAUGUGACCGACAGAAGCAGUGCUCCACCGCUUCUUCUUGCUCUCUCUUUAACGUGCCUGUUUGGUCCAUGUACUGCAACGGAAGGAAGGUGGGGUUCGCCAUUAGAAGGCAGACGACUGUGAGUGACAUGGCGGUGCUUAAGCUUAUGCAGUCUGUUUCCGUUGGUGCAGGCGUUUUGCCUGUUUCUCCGAAGUCUGAGGAAGAAGGAGACCUCAUGUAUCUACGUGCAAGCUUUGAACGGGUAAUUGGGUCAGCCGAUUCUGAGUCGUUUCACAUGAUUAACCCAGUUGGGAGCUCUGGACAAGAACUCAGUAUUUUUCUAUUAAGAACAUAAUACUCUCUUCUUCUUCUACUUCACUCAUCUUGUGUAAUACAUUUUCAUUUCUUCUUCGUCAUUUUGUCCCGUCCACCCUGUACUGUACUAGCUAGAAUGUAUAAUUAAUUAUAUAUAAUCUCUAAUUUUAGCUCUUUGUAUCCA